CUCGUCCUGCGGCGGCGGCGGCGGCCAUGGCCGGGGGGCGGCGGGGGCCGGGGGCGCUGGCGGAGCCGCGGCGGCUGAUGCGCGCCGGGCUGGGGCUCAUCGUGCUGGGCCACGGCAGCCUGGUGCUGGGCGCCAUCGUGCACGGCUCGGUCCUGCGGCACGUGGCCGGCGCCAGCCGCGCCGUCACCCCCGAGUACGCGGUGGCCAACGUGGUGUCGGUGGGCGCCGGGCUGCUGAGCAUCGCCGUGGGCAUCGUCGCCAUCCUGGUGUCGCACAACCUGUCCCGGGCGGCCCUGCAUUGGACCCUACUGAGCAUGUCCCUGUUGAACUGCCUCCUGUCCACAACCUGUAGCGUGGGCCUGGCGCUGGCCAUCGCCCUCACCAUUCACAGCCGGGGCAUGCACCUUGUCACUGGUUGCAACAGCUCUGCACUGCCUGCUGACGCCCGUGCAGCCAUAGCGACCAACGACUGUCCUUUCAACACCACGCGCAUCUAUGACACAGCCCUGGCGCUCUGGUUCCCCUCCAUGGUGCUGGUGGCCGCAGAAGCUGUGCUGUCUGGCAGGUGCUGUUUGGUGGCCCUGAUCUUCCGGGGCAUUGGGCCCUGCGCACGCGGCUACGGCAAAGAGCAGCUGGCUGAGCCAAGUACAGCGAAGGAAGGGCCACCACGUGAGAUGCAGCAGCUCCUGACGGGGCUGGCUGAGCCUUGUGCCUAGCUGGAGAGGUGGUGCUGCAGGAGUGCUGCAAUCCAGCAAGGUGAAGUUGCACCUGCACCGUACUCCUGCCCCUGGUGUAAGCAUGUGUAGGGUGGCCUGCAGCGGAGAGGGGUGUGCCUUCCCCCCCCCCCCCCCCCCCCGCCAGCCUCACCACCCCACCUGGGACAAACCCUGCAGGUUCCACACACAAGCUGCCCGAGGUCAUCAGGCAGCCUUUGCCUAGCAGGUGCCAUGGCCCCUGGAUGCUCUCCCCAAGCUGCAAGGCCCUUCCUGGCACGCUAAAGUCCCCAUUGGUCUUUUACACACAGUGAUGGGGGUGAGCAGAGGUGCUGGGGCCUGGCCACAGCCAGGGCUGGCCUGGGUCCUGAUGGCCCUGCUGCAGAGCAGGCAGGGUCAGCUUGCUGUGCCUGUGCUCAGGCAGGCCAAGGAAUGGAAGGUGAAGAAUCCUUUUGUUGUGAGCCUCUCGUUUCCUUGAGUAAAUAAAACAUUUCCUUUUCA